AUAAAUACAUGUGUUGAUAUUCAGUGAAGAGCAUGCUUAUUCUUCAUUCAAUGCACAACCAAACCAGUUCUGUUCAUAUAUAAAACCUUCAUUUCUCUUUUUCCAUAGCUAUAUAUCUUGUUGCCAUGGCCGCAAAAGUUCUUUCCUCCGGAGUCCACUACAAAAACUUACCGGAAAAUUACGUCCGACCGGCAUCCGAACGUCCCAGGUUAUCCGAAGUUUUAACAUGCGACGAUGUUCCGGUUAUUGAUUUGAGCUCUGAAAAUCAUGCCCAAAUUGUUGAACAAAUCGGAUAUGCAUGCACGAAUUAUGGAUUUUUCCAGGUGGUCAAUCAUGCAGUGGCGGAUGAAGCGGUGGCGGGGAUGUUAUUGGUGGCGAAAGAAUUUUUUAAUCUGCCGCUAGAGGAGAAGAUGAAACUAUACUCCGAUGACCCUUCAAAAACUUUGAGAUUAUCGACGAGUUUUAAUAUGAGUAAGGAAAAAGUUCACAACUGGAGAGACUAUCUCAGACUUCAUUGCUAUCCUCUUGACAAGUAUGUGCCUCACUGGCCUUCUAAUCCUCCUCUAUUCAAGGGAAUCGUAAGCAACUAUUGUGCAGAAGUUCGGAAACUCGGAUUUCGCAUACAAGAACUAAUUUCAGAGAGUUUAGGCCUUCCAAAAGAUUAUAUAAAUGACGUAUUGAGUGAGCAAGGACAACAUAUGGCUGUGAACUACUAUCCGCCUUGUCCGGAGCCUGAAUUAACAUAUGGAUUGCCCGGACAUACGGACCCUAAUUCUCUCACAAUUUUACUACAAGAUCUACAAGUAGCUGGCCUUCAAGUCCUCAAAGAUGGCAAAUGGCUUGCUGUUAAACCUCAUCCUAAUGCUUUUGUCAUUAACAUUGGUGACCAAUUGCAGGCACUGAGUAAUGGAAGAUAUAAGAGUAUAUGUCAUAGAGCUGUUGUGAAUGUUGACAAAGCAAGAAUGUCAAUUGCUUCAUUUUUGUGUCCAUGUGAUGAUGCAUUGAUCAGCCCAGCUAAACCUCUCAUCCAACAUGAAUCUGCAGCCAUAUAUAAGGAUUUCACUUAUGCUGAAUAUUACAAAAGGUUUUGGAGCAGAAAUCUAGACCAGCAACAUUGUUUGGAACUUUUCAAGAACUAAUGUUGUGUUUGUUCUUUUUAAAUAAAUUACUCCUCUCUGCUUUUGUUUAGAAGGCGAGUCGGUGUUGUUUUAGCAAGAAGCAUAACGAAUGCAUAAAAAAAACAACUUGAUCUCUGUUUGUGGCUAGAUUUGAGACUCGCUAGUAGUCGAUCUAAGACUAGUUGUAGUCGGUUUUAUCAUUAGUGAUCUUUUAUCUUUGACAAAAAAAUCUUUAUUGUCAGUAUAAGUUGUAUCGUUAGCGCUCAAACUUUAUUUAACGCGUCCGAUUUAUAUUCGGAUUUCGAUU